AAGAGGUGAUUGCCGGUCGUCGCACCCCGUGUUCCGAACAAAGUGAUGAUCCCCAUCCUCAACACACCAGUCAGUCCCUACUCCCUACCUGCUGUUUGUGAAUUGGUACGAACAACAAGGAGGUUUUAUAUAUCUCGCAUUCAACGCCCAACAAUUGAACAAUGUUUGGAUCAUCGCCUUCAUCGAAACCUAAUUAACCUCUAACGACUUUUCCAAGGAGAUGAUGGGUCGCGGUGAAUACUAGACGAGGGACAAGAUCUCCGCUGGUUUCCGAUUUGGCGGUUACGUAUCGAGAUUUGGGAGUUGCACUAUACUUCAACGAAAAACCAACUACGUGGAGUAUCACUCUUCUUCUUCUUCUUUGCUCAAAACGAAGGCUAUCUCCAUUUAAUCUUGAAGAUCAAACCUUUUAUCCCCUGAAUUUUUAUUGUUAAAAAUACUCUUUCCCCACAUUCAUUUUCUUUCUUUUUGGUAUUUUUCCCUGUUCUAUUGGAUUGAAGCAGUUAGCAAGAAAGGGUACAGGUUAAGGAUAUGGGAUUCCUAAGCACUUUCUUGGGGAUUAUUGGGUGUGGGAUUGGUUUCCCCAUUGGUCUUUUCAUUGGCUUCUAUUUCUUCAUCUACUCCAUCCCUCAAGAGAUUCAGGAUCCAAAUAUCAGGCCUCUCUUUGAGCUUGAGACUGAUAUAUUGCAAAAUCUUAUUCCUGAGAUUCCACUUUGGGUUAAAAAUCCAGACUAUGAUCGAGUUGACUGGUUAAACCAAUUUAUACUUGAAAUGUGGCCUUUUCUUGACAAGGCUAUUUGUAGCAUUAUCCGGAGCACGUGUGAGCCUAUGUUUGCAGACUACAUAGGGAAGUAUAUGGUAGAGAAGAUUGAGUUUGAGAAUCUUACUCUUGGAACUCUUCCACCAACCAUUCAAGGUUUAAGAGUGUAUGAGACAAAUGAAAAGGAAUUAGUGUUGGAACCAUCCAUAAAAUGGGCUGGAAAUGCAAAUGUCAUUGUCUCAAUAGUGCUAUUAUUCGCCCGAAUCAGACUCCAGUUGGUGGAUUUACAAUUUUUUACGCUGCCGCGGGUUACUCUGAAACCUCUUGUGCCAACAUUUCCAUGUUUCACAAAUAUUGUGGUGUCUUUGAUGGAAAAGCCACACGUUGAUUUCGGAUUUAAAGUUCUUGGGGGAGACUUCAUGGCAAUUCCAGGCCUAUAUCGAUUAGUUCAGGUGUUUCAUUCUCCAUUAUAUUUUGGGAUUUUGUUGAUAUUUCAUUUUUACAUGUCAAGCUGUAACAUAACAUUAGUGUUUUGUUUUUCAACAGGAAACUAUCAAAAAACAGGUGACAAAACUAUACCAUUGGCCCCAAACUCUUGAAAUACCAGUUCUAUCCCCAACAUCAGUGACCAUGAAGAAGCCGGUUGGAAUAUUGCACGUAAGAGUGGUCAGGGCUGCAAAACUCCUGAAAAGGGACUUAUUGGGACUAUCUGAUCCAUAUGUCAAGAUACGGUUGAGCGGAGAAAGGUUUCCCGCCAAGAAAACGUCCAUCAAGAAGAAAACACUGAACCCCGAAUGGAAUGAGACUUUCAAGCUUACUGUGAAGGACCCACAGACCCAACUUCUCAACCUUGAUGUCUUUGAUUGGGACAAGGUAGGCGGACACGAUAAACUUGGGAAACAAGUAUUUCCUUUGAAAAACCUGAAACCGAACGAGACAAAGGAGGUGACUCUAGACCUUCUAAAGAGCACGGACAUAGACAACGAUCUUGACAAGAAGAAGAAGCAGCAGAGAGGGAAACUUGUGGUUGAGUUGACAUAUGCUCCUUUUCGAGAAGGUAGCGAGGGGUUUAGUGGUCAUUUUGGAAGUUUCAAUUCAUCAAGCAGUGAAGUUAAUUCAACCACAAGAUCAGCAGGCUUGUUAUUGGUCACCAUCAUAGGAGCUCAAGACAUUGAAGGAUCUCGUCACAACAAUCCCUAUGUGGAGAUAUUCUUCAGAGGUGAAAAGAGAAAAUCUAAGGUGAUGCGGAAAGCGCGUGAUCCGCAAUGGGACGAAGACUUCCAAUUCAUGGUUGAAGAGCCUCCAAUGAAUGAGAAGAUUCACCUUCAGGUCAAGAGUAAAAAGAAAGUCUUUGGCUUUAGAUUCUUCAAGGAAGCACUGGGGCAUGUGGACAUAAACCUUGAUGAUGUGAUCCACAACGGGAGGAUAAACGAGAAGUACCACCUUAUAGACUCAAAGAAUGGAAUCAUACAUGCCGAGGUGGGAUGGAAAACCAUAUGAAUAUAAUGCAUGAAUCACACAACAUAUAUAGAACACACCUGCGUCAAAGUGUAAAAACCAUACAUUAUAGCUUGUACGUUAGUGAACCACACGAUGAUGAAUGAUUAUACACUUUUACACACAAGAGGCCUUUAGUUCAUCAAUGAGAAAACCCUAUCACCUCCACAUUGACCCAAACACAAGUCCUCCCAUGUGUGAAGUGUGUGAAAACUUGGCCACUCCAACUUGUCAUUUAAACAUUUUCCUAAUUUACUGUUGGUAAAAAAGGACAUUUUUCGGUAGCCACAAGAAUGGUAAAACAGAAAUAAAAUAUAAUGAGCCAUUCGACAAAACUCGGCAUCCAACUAAACCAACUACUGUAUAUGAUUUGCUGCUGCUGUUUUCAAAGAAUUGGAAAUGUGAUAAACUGCCAUGGUCAGCACCAGAGGAAUUUCGCCAACGCCCAUUUCAUUUGCCAUCAUUGGACUUUGUAAUUUUCUUCUACUGUUAAUGGCGAUCGUGCAUAGGGCAGAGAAAAAAAAACGGCUUUCACCAGAAGAACCAUUUCUUUUUUAUGGAGGUACUUCCAGUUGCCUCAUUGUCCUUCCUUCUACU